AUGGCUACCAGAUCAUACAAGAAGCGAAAGUUUCGAAAGAGGAUGAUCAAAUAUAUUGUCGCGAAUUUAGUCUUUGUUUCUAUCUUUUUCGUAAUAUUUCUCAAAUUCGCAGACAUAUCGAAAGAGAAAAUUGAACUUUAUUUACCCGAUGAGAUCUCCAAACUGGGAUUCUUGUCUGAAAACGAGAAAAUUUGUAAAAAUUUACCAAGAGACAACCGUGUGUUGGUGUUAUGUUUGAGUAGACCCAAGUCUUACCGACGCAGAGUGGCAAUCAGAGUCACAUGGGCCAGGAACUUGAACCAACUCCGCAGAAAUAACAGGACAUUCAAUUACACUGUAGUGUUUCUGACUGCUCGUCCUAAAACGCCAAAAGAAGAAGCACAACUGAACUUGGAAAAUCAAAUUCACGGAGACAUUGUCAUUUUCAACCAGGACGACAGUUACGAAACGCUAACAGUGAAUGUUUUUGGUUCUUUCAGAUGGGCACUCAAGAACUGUGAUGACUUCGUGUACAUGAUCAAAAUCGAUGACGACACUUUCAUCGAUUUAGACAAAUGGGAGCAGAAUUUAUUGUCUCACUUUGUUACCAGUGAAAAAACGCUUGCAUCGAUGAGAAAAAGUCAUAUUUAUGGAGGAUAUUGCAGAAUUCCGACACCCGUGCUGCGAAAAUUGUCUAAAUGGGGAGUGACCUUUGAAGAAUACCCUUUCGAGAAAUAUCCUGGCUACUGUUUCGGCCCAAUGUACUUCAUCUCGAAAGCUCUUCUCGAAACAGUGGUGGAACAGUGUCCCUACCAUUGCACAGGCCAGACAAUCACAAACAUCUACAGGGCAUCUGGCUGUUUCUGGAAAUUUGAAGAUGUUUUACUAGGCUCCUGUAUCCUACACGUCAGACGAAACACGACAAUUAUAAAAUAUAGAAAAUUCGAAGACUACUUGUUCUUAUUUAGACACCCGAUCGUUUAUUUACUUUAUCCGAAUGCGAUUAUGGCGCAUCCCGUACGCACAGAUGAAGUUUUUCUCCUCACAUAUUCCUUCACAAAAUCUGAACAGCUUAGUGAGCUGAUAUCAUAUUAUACAUCUGAGGUAUCAAAAAUUGAAGGUUUUUCUAGAUCUCAAAGAUAG